AUGGACGCAAGCAGCAUGACGCAGGAAGUCGACGAGUACGUCUGCCGCAUGUGCAGAGUCAAGCUCUUCACGUCCGAGGACCUCCUCGAGCACGAGCCCCACCAGCACCGCAUCGCGCUGCGCAAGAUGAUCAAGGAGCGCAACCCGAACGGCGUCGUGGACUGCAGCUCGUUCUUCAUGGCCGACACGAUGCCCUGGAUGGACGAAGCCCUUCUCGAGGAAGGCAAGCUCCAUUGCCCGGUCAAGAAAUGCAACGCGCGUCUCGGAUCAUUCGAGUGGAGCGGGUCGCAGUGCUCGUGCGGCACGUGGGUCACGCCUUCGAUUCAGAUUACCAAGAGCCGUGUGGACCUCAAGCGGCCGAUCGGUGUGCAGAUCGUGCACGUUCCGCUCACCGAGGCCGAGGCGGUGACGUCCGCUGCCCCGGCGGCGCCGACGACCGCUGUCCCUGUGACGGCGCCAACUACGGAGGCAUAA